AUGGUGACUACGAGAAGCCGCUCUGCCGCCGUGGCAGCGAGCCAGGCCGUCCCAGAGCGGCGUAAAGCUAUUGCACAGCCAAGUCAAACCGCUACGAAAUACUCGGAUAAUCCUUAUGAUGCCAAGGAUGUCCCCAAGACGCCGGAUCUCGAUGAACAUUCCGAGACUUUUAUCGAGUCCGGUGACGACCAGGUGAGCUCCAAGUCGGUAAGCGAUGCAUACGAUGCCCUUUCAGAGCACGAUGUCUCGGGCGCUUCGUCUAGUGAGAGAGUCAAAGACGCUUUGGCUGGGUCCAAGACGGAUGAGUAUACUUGGGAGGACUUUCCUGGUGAAGUCAAGAACAAGAUCUAUCGUUACCUCAUGAAGUCCCACAAACCACUCAACUUCGAGCAUGCCGAGUUGAAAGACAUCAAGAACCUGCCCAAGGAAUUCUGCCUAUCUGGUCAGAUGCUACGGUGUAGCAAGCAGGUUUGCGCGGAGUGCCAGCCCAUCCUCUACGGCGAGAACGUUAUUCAGGUCUUCCAAAAUCUGAAGGACUUCACCGGAACUGCUACCUCGCGCCGCCGUCAGCUCAUCCGCAAGAUCUGCAUCUCAACCAAAAUGGCCCCUAGGAUCAUCAACAAGGCUCGCAAGGCAGAGAUCAAGAGCUUGAAGAACCUGCUGGAGAUUGUUGUCGAUGGUGGCGUAUGCCCUGCUAGAUUGACCGGGAAGAGCGAGGACAUGCAGGAAGAGCUUGUGAGGGCUACCUUCGAAGAGACAGACCAUCGCGAUCUCAAGUCUCUCCUGGUGGACCAUGUCGACGUACAACAAACAUAUCUCAUGACGGGCCAAACAUACGUUGCUACUGGUCCCGAUGAUCCUAGCCAAUAUACCGAAUUUCGCUGGGACAUCAUAUCGACUGGCGGCGAGAAUCUGGAGCUCAGCCUUGCUGGCCGCAAGGUCUACACGACUGACAAGAAGACUGGCUAUCGAUGCUACAUCGGCUGA